AUGUCGAACAAGUCUAGGAAGACGCUGUCGGCCAGGCUGGCUGAGUUGACCUCGUCAGCUCCAUGUACCGCCUUCAAUCCUGAUGCACCUGACUUCGACGACGGAACUGGCGCAGGCCUUCAAAGGUACGACGAUGACGACAACUAUGACGAGGGAGGCGACUCGAAGAUGAACCAACACCGCCCUUCCGCGGAUCUUCGCGUGGCGGCCGACAUGGAGAGCAUCGGGCAGGAGUACCACGGCAAGCGGGUGUCCAGGAAGAGCCUCGAAGCAACAGCAGUAGGAGACGCACACGAUCCAGACCAGGCUUCGGAGGGCGACGGCAGCUCUGACGACGACGGCAACGACGAUGGCGACAUUAGUGAGAGUGGGGACGGAACAGCGGCGUCCUCUUCAAGAAAGAUGGUGCCAUCAUUGAACCUUGACGAUGUUAGCUCCUCAGAGGAGGGUGAGGAAGACGAGGACGACGAAGAUGGCGACAUGACUGCGUCGUCACCGCCGAAACGAGGAAGCGGGCAGGGAGCAGGGAAGCGCGUCCACUGGGGUGGGCGGGAGGACGAAGAGGACGGAGGGGGUGGGGGAGCGGGCGGGGGCAAGCGUCAAAGACAGCAGCAGGCGAGCGUGUUUGCCGGUGUGAGGGGGGGGGACGUGGACACGGGUGCCUCCGUGGAGGAGCAGAUGAAGCAGCUUGACGAACAAGAUGAGAAGGCCAGGAGGGACGGCGGGGGUAUUGCGGGACAGGGAGAGCUUCGGCGAGCCAGGGAGGCACUCAGGCAGCGGGAGUGGUGGGAUAGCUUGCUCGAGGUCCGAAUCUUGCUGCAGCGCCUCAUGAACGCAGCCAACAAGUUGCCAGGACCGAACGAGCUCCCUCUGUUCUUGGAGGGUGACGAGCAGCUGACAGCUCUCGCCGAGGAAAGCGCAGGCGCCGCGCAAGGAUUGGCCACCCAGUUGUCAGCCGUGCGGCGAUCGCACAUGUCGUGCUGGGGAAUCGCCAACAUCAAAAGCGGCGACAGCGGCAGCGGUAGUGGCGAUGCCGGCAAGGCAGCGAUGGUCACCAAUGACGACGAUGAGCAGAAGGUGGGCAACGAUAACGGCAAGGACAAAGGCGAGGGCCCGACCACCAUCUCCGAGGGUAAUGCCGAGGGCGAGGAGGCAGUGGCGGCGACGGAGCACGGGAGUUGCAUGGGGUGGUGGAGCGACGUGCUGGGGCGGUGGCACGAGAGGACGCAGCUCGUCGACCCUGGCCUGCAGAAGAAGUUUAAGGUGGUGAACCAGGGUCCGUGGGCGCAGAUCACGGCGAGCUUGGCCGACAGAGAACGGGCGAACCGAAGGUCCUUCAUGACGGAGUCGGAGACAUCGGAGUUUCUUGGACGAAAACUCGCCAAGCAUCUCGACGCGGCCAAAGGCGACGGCGACGCCGGCUCGGCAGCGGCGGCGGCGGCGGCGGCGGCGGGGGGGAGGAGUGACGAUGAGGGCGACGAAGACGUAGUCGGGCGUGUGAGACGAAAAGAUGGAGCCGAGCCGCUCGACCUGGAGGUUGUUGACGACCGCAACCUGUACCAGCACCUACUCAAGGAGUUUAUGGACGCCAGCGGGACCGCCGGCAGCGGUUACUCCGCGGUUCCCGUCCGACGGAAAUCGCGAAAGAAGAGCGUGGACCGGAAGGCGUCCAAAGGGCGCAAGAUCAAGUACGUCACGCACCCCAAGAUGCAGAACUUCAUGUUCCCGCAGGAGUAUGAGGCACCCCCGAUGGAACCUUCGGAGCUGUUCGCUUCUCUGUUUGGCGGGGCUGGCAGAACUCAACAGCCCGAUACAAAGUACAAGUAGUUCGUUCCGUACCUGAGUUUUUGGCACGGCGUUGAUCCAAGCUCCAGCGUAUCAUUUCCAUGAGCACAGGGUGCGGGGCAUGACGUUGUAGCGAACAAUAUAUAGGGAGGGGUGUCUAUGCCCAGAACAAUCGAUGUUGAUCGCCUUUGGAUCUUGGGGAUUGUUUGCCUUCCAGCUUACAUUAUUUGUCGAGUGCUUGAUUUUCGUCCCGUGAUACGUUUCUCCAGCUUUAGUCGCAAGUUCGAACGGAUUCAUCCACUUCAACUAGGGGGGAUGGCACCCUAGUGUGAAGUGUGGAUGGGUUGGGUGAUCCUUUCAGCCAAUCAUGUCGCGACGAUGGGCAGGACGCCGCUAAAGGUUAUGGUUUGAUGACGUG